AUGAAAAGGGAGCUUGUUGCGAAAGAGCAAGAAUGCAGGCGAUGGUGGCAUUUGUUCUUUUGCCUAGUGCUUCUUGCACAUUUUGUGGCGGCCGAGCAGAGCUCCUCAGAAAGGCUAUAUCCAUCGAACCAGCGAUACUUUAGCCGUCGUGUCCAGUCGUUUGGUGAAGUGACCAGGAGCCAUCGCAAUGGCAGUACAAAGAGAAGCAAAUCGGGGAAGGGUGGUAGUACUAGUAGUUCCAAGUCGAGCAAAUCGGCCAGCAGCGAUGCUCACAGAACAAGUGAAAAGUCGUGCAAUUCCAGAAGAAGGAGCAACAGUAAGAGCAAGAGCAAGACUUCCAAAAGCAAAAAUAUUUGGGAGGACGGGGAUGAUCGUUAUGCCCAGGAUGAUUACUACCAAGAUGGGGACGAUUGUGUAGAAGGAGCAGAACCUACACAUGUGCCAGCAGAAACUCCUCAUCCAACAACUCCAAUCUUUGUCCCAGCAACACAUGCACCAACACAUUCACCACGGACUCCCAUGCCCACACCAGAGCUAUUGACUAAUCCUCCUGUGCCAGCGAGUACUUCUGGACCUGAAAUCCCACAAACAACUCCAGUUCCUGAGGUUACCCCUGUUCCUCAGAUUCCCCAAGCUACUCCUGUUCCCGCGGUUACCCCUGUCCCUCAGGUUACUCCCAUUCCUCAGGUUACUCCCAUUCCCCAGGUUACUCCCAUUCCCCAGGUUACUCCCAUUCCUCAGGUUACUCCCGUUCCUCAGAUAACACCCUUGCCGGUAACAGCCGUCCCAGCAACACUCGCGCCGUCAGGUGGUCUCCCAGUUCCACCAGGGAAGGGCAUGAAUCCAGGUUUGCCACAGGUUACGGUCUUGCCCUCCACGACGACAAGCCCUGGACUUCCUGUCAACCCGCAGACUGGGAUUCCCUCGACCACGGUUCCAGGAACAGUGUUGCCAUCCACAGGAGGCACGCCAGCUGCCACUCCAGGGGUGCCAGGUUCAACCAUUAUCCCUUCUACAAUAGGGACACCAGCAUCUUCCACUGGAUCCAGCACUCUCACGCCUGGAGCCACAAUUAUCCCUUCUACAAUAGGGACACCAGUAGGUUCCAUCGGUGCCAGCACUCUCACACCUGGAGCCACAAUUAUCCCUUCUGUCAUUGGGACACCAGCAGGUUCCAUCGGUGGCAGCACUCUUACCCCUGGAGCCACAAUUAUACCUUCUGGCAUUGGGACACCAGCAGGUUCACCUGGAAGCAGCUCACUCGCCCCCGGAGCCACAAUCAUUCCUUCUACAAUUGGCACACCAGCAGGUUCCACAGGUGCCAGCACUCUCACCCCUGGAGCAACGGUUGUCCCUUCUGUCAUUGGAACAGCAGUAGGCUCACCAGGGUCGAGCUCACUCACACCUGGAUCAACUAUAAACCCUUCUGUCAUUGGGACACCAGUAGGCUCACCAGGGUCGAGCUCACUCACACCUGGAUCUACUAUAAACCCUUCUGUCAUUGGAACACCCGUAGGAUCACCAGGGUCGAGCACAGUCUUGCCAGGGGGGACUGCGAACCCUUCUGUCAUUGGGACGCCAGUAGGUUCACCAGGGGCAAGCUCACUCACACCAGGAUCUACUAUAAACCCUUCUGUCAUUGGGACACCCAUAGGAUCACCAGGAUCGAGCACACUCUUGCCGGGGGGGACUGGAAACCCAUCGAUUGGUGCAUCUACACUCAUUCCAGGAUCAACAACGAUAAACCCAUCCAUAAAUGGCACUGAUGGGAAUGCCACCAUUUCUCCAUCAACAAUUGCGCCAUCUACCAUUGCGCCGUCCAAUGUCACUGGCGGCGGGACUUUGCCUCCCAAUGAAACUUUGACGGUAGGUCCAUCUCGGAAUGGAACGCUCACGAUGGCCCCGACAAUAAAUGGCACAAACGGGAAUGCCACCAUUGCUCCGUCGACCGUUGCUCCGUCCAAUACCACAGUGGCGCCUAGCAAUACGACAACAAUCGCCCCAUCCACCACUCUAGCUCCUUCGAAUGGAACUUUGGCGCCUAGCAACGCAACAACAAUCGUGCCCUCCACAGUUGUUCCAUCCAAUGGAACCUCGGCGCCUGGCAACGCCACAAUCGUCCCAUCCACCACUCUGGCUCCGUUCAAUGGAACCAUAGCACCCACAACGGGGAAUCAAACGGCGGCCCCGUCGAAUGGGACCAUUGCACCUAGUAACGCAACAACAGCCAUCCCAUCCUUGACGCUGUCACCUUCUUCCGGUAACCUUACUGCUGCACCUUCGAGCAACUCCACAUUUGCCAAUGUAACUCGUCCACCUUCAGUCAACGCUACUGAUCCACCGGCCGGUAACUCCACAUUUGCCAAUGUAACUCGCCCACCUUCAGUCAACGCUACCGAUCCACCGUCCGGUAACUCUACAUUUGCCAAUGUCACGCUUCCACCGUCAGUGAACGCGACAACGCCACCCUCUGCCAACAUCACUCUGGCUCCUUCGUCGGCUGUGAAUCUUACCCUUCCUCCAGGUUCAAAUCAAACGUCGAAUGACACCGUUCCUUCGUUGCCAGAUCUGGCCCCUGCGCCGCCAAAUCAAACAGACACUCUAGCUCCCAACGUUACUACGUUGCCUCCAAACCAAACGCUCACGCAGGCUCCGAGUUCCAACUCUUCGACUGUUCCACCAUCUGGGAACUCUUCGACUGUUCCACCUGCGAUCCCUCCUCAAGGAAACUUUACAUCAGCUCCAGGGAAUAAUGGAACCAGUACUCAACCGCCCGGCAAUGGAACAUCGACUGUUCCACCCGCGGUCCCUCCGCAAGGAAACUUCACAUCAGCUCCGGGGAAUAAUGGAACCAGUACUCAACCCCCUGGCAAUGGAACAUCGACUGUGCCGCCUGGGCUCCCUCCACAAGGAAAUGUUACAGCAGCCCCAGGGAAUAAUGGGACCAGCACUCAAUCUCCCGGCAAUGGAACAUCUCCAACCAUCUCACCUUCCACAAUAACCCCCUCCAACAAUGGCACAAACACAACUCAAACGAUUGCUCCAAACACCACGCUGGCUCCAAGCAGCAAUGCAACCAACGGAACGGCAACGACAGCUCCAGCGACGACAGCUCCGUCGUUUACAGGCAACUCCACGAACAACUCUACAGGCGGGGCCCCGCUAAAUGCAACGGCCCCACAAGGUCCUCAGCGGGGGAACGCGACAACGUUGCCUAGCAAUCAAACCACGAUACCCCCAGGAGCAGGCAACAACACUGGAAACGGCACUGCUGCCGUUCGAAGUGGAGAAAACAAGUUCAGGGCAACUAAGAAGCUUUCCUUCCAUGCUGUUUUGAAUAUCACCUUUUUUGAAGGUCAAGGAAGGGAGCCGACGGGCGAGGAGAUCCACUCUUUGAUGGAAGAAACUCGACUUUUCUUUACGGAUCUAUUUCAAGCAGCUCCACUUAUAGCAGAGAGGUACAGGGCAUUUGACAUUACGCACGUUGCCUCACUCUACGACGACGACGUUGCGGAUGUGUUUGAGGUCGAGUUUGAUUCCACUUUGGAGGUCUUUCCUCCAGAUGCACUCGUCACCAUGGACACGAUCGCUGAUGUUGUAGAUGCUGCCGACUACGACAGUUUCAUCAGCAACUACGUGUGGCUCAGUGAGCCUUUUCAAAUGAAUGAGUUCUAUCAGACGUUCCAAGUGGAAUUUACGUGUCACUCAGUUGACAUCGAUGACGAAAGGAAGCUACUUGGUACUACUACCUUUGGAUCCUUGGGUCACGGAUGA